AUGGCACCCCAGACCAGAAAGCUCAACAAGCCCUUGACCUGCUUCUAUUGCAACCGGAAGUCCACGACCAAAUACGAUGGCUCCAUGCGCCGCUUCGAGUGCAACAACUGCAACGCGACGAAUCAUCUUGACACUAAAGGCGACAUCACCGAUGUUCCUGCUUCGAAGAACACUACCGAGGCCCUGCCAGCGCAGUUCGCCAUCCGUCGAGAUCACUCCACGACAUCCAGCCGAGUCUUUUGCGACAAAUGUCUGCAGAACCAGCACCUUUUCAUAUCCUCUCUGGCCCAGUACUUUCCCGAGGACCCUGAAGACCCGGAAUACGCCAUUCGGGAGAAGGGCUAUUACAAAUUCUACAAGGGCCUUAUGGUGCGAUAUCCCCAGUGCUGCGCCGACUGCGAGCCCAAGGUUCGCGAACAACUUGCCAAGGCCGCGUACACUGCGAAGACAGAUCACCUGCGGCGCAUGCUCGACCGAACUGCCAAGAUCCGAGUCGUCACCACCAAUUCGCCUGUCUACUAUUGUCAAUCGGUGGGCAGGUGGCUAUGGUCUGCCUCACUCAUGUUCCAACUACUGUGGCAUGUGUCUCUCAUCAGCCAGGGCCUCGCUGCUCAGAGCAGGCGAACCAAUGACAGAUCAUGGUUCAUGCUUUCCGCCAGGGUAGUGGCUCUCUUCGCCGGCUUCCUUCCGUCUCCGGACCAACUUUUGAAAUGGAGCUUCUGGACAUCUGCCCUGAGCAUCUGGUGGAAUCCUAGAUGGGUCGACACCUUCAAGAGCAACACCAAACAUUUGGUCGGCAUUUCUAAUUACUAUUGCUACCAAGCUUUGAUCUUCGCUCUUAAGCUCGCCGCAACUUUACUGAUUUCGCCAUUGUCCAAUGUGCAGGGACAGGGACUGGCGGCCCGGGUGACAGCACACUCUUCGAUGGCCGUGGCCAUGAUAUACCUCUACUACACUGCGCAUAAAUUGAUCCACGUCGACCAUACUCCUUUGUGGACUACGAAGGCCAGCAGCAUCGGAGCUACUCCAGCACCUCCGCCGUCCCUUACGCCCACCGAGUCACGAGAAAAUGAGGAGAAGAGCAUGGCAACCAUUCUUGACGAGAUUCUCCAUGAGCCGACUCCAACCACACAGCCUCAGCCUCAAGCGCUUAUGUCGCAGUUCUCCGCCACUGAAAACGUCGACCGUUUUCAAUCCAUACCAGAGAAGAGCGCUUUUAAUCCCUCCUUACGCCCCUUGACUCCGAACCCUUUUGCGAACUCGCCUACUAAGCGGCCUCAAAGCUCCGGUGUUGGUCUCUCUGGCCUAAGUCUUUCCGACACACCCCAACCACAUAAUCAAGAGAUGGUUGGUUACUCUCCGAACAUGGAGUGGACGCCCACUCAGUCCAAAUAUCGGGCAUUCAAUACCUACAAACCAGGCCAGUCCGAGACCAGAAAGUUCGGCGAGACCCCUGUCAACGAUAAACCGGGCGCAUUCUGGGCCAAGGUCCCACCGGCGCCUAGGGCUCCUGCGCAGCGAUUUCUCAGCCAACAAAACACGACGCUUUUAAGAAGAAGUCCUCGACUCACUCAGAACCCAAUUGCGUUCCGGGGCACUAAAGAAAGCAACUUGGGCCCGGCACAAGAAGAUGCUCCCCCAGCGACGAUCUUCGCGGAGCCAACUUUCAGACCUGCGCAGCCUAGGGAUGAGCGUGACGAUCUGCUAGACAAGUUCGCCACGAGCUUCACGCUGGCAUCGGAUCAGACCGACGAGCACCCCACAGGUGAGCGCCAGGAUGGAGGGAAUGCAGCGACAGCCCAGCCUCAGCAGCGUGAUGCGAACACACUCAAACAAGGAUUCCUGCUUUUGGUGUGCAGUAUAUUCCUCGCCGUACUAGCAGGGCGUGCCUACAAGGAUUUUGGCUACCUAGGGAAGUUUGUAUCGAUCCAGGGAAGAUGA